CCCCUUUGCAGGUUUUCAGAACGCGGAGUCUCAUUUACAUCCUUGCCAGCGCAUGUAAACAACGGACUCGGCAGAAAGCGUGUGGACUACAGACAUGCCACUGUUGCCGAACUUUAAAUGGGAUGUGCCUUUUCUUUGACGCAGACUUCUUCUAUGCAAUGGGAUGAACUGAGAAAGAGAGAGUUUUGAUGUCCCUGUCUGGCGACAAGGAUGCACAUUGAUUUUACAGCGAGGCAUGAACAGGUUCACACACGCGAAAAUUUAAAGCGAAAACUGUUGAAAAAAAACUUUGAAAGUUUUAAACAUCAUUUAAACAAAGUGAAAAGUGUAUUGGAAAACUUUAAUUACAGUGUUAAAAUGUGAAAAUUAAUAGCUUUUUCUCGUUUUGGUGGGUUUUGAUUGAUGACGAGAAUGGAUAACGGUGCAGCGGUGCUGAGUGUGGUGCUUGUGUUCAUUUCACUGAUCGCGGGUUCGAAUCCACAAUCAACAAAUAGUUCCAUACAAGGUGACAGUGUGCUACUAACCUCACUCACAACAGGAAGUGUAACCAUGGAAACUAACAUAGCAACCACUACAAUAUCAGAGACUAACACAGUGUCCACAGUAGCAUCAGAAACUAACAGAGUGACUUCUAUAGCAUCAGAAACUAGCAAAAUAACAUCUGAAACUAGCAUAGUAACAAAUUCAGAACAGGAAACAAUUUCAAUGACUUCUUUACCUUUGCAAAGUAGUGAAUUAGUUUCAUCAUCAGCAACUAGUGUGGUAAACACAAUAUCAACAAAUAUUAUGACCAGCUCUGUGUUAAUGACUUUAAGCACAUCAUCUUUAGAAUCAUCAUUGAGCUACUCAUCUCAUUCCAUACAAGCUGCAGUCCCUCAAACUUCACAGAUGGAGCAAUCUUCAGAAGCAACUACAAGUGUGUCGCAACAAAUCACCUCUAGCCAAAUUCAAACAACUAUAGCUGCGAGUCAGCAAGAGUCUUCAGUGAUGUCUUCUGCAAUGUCAACAGUCCAAGUACAAUCAAGCUCAAGUAGCCUGACUUCACCCAGUGCAGAAACAAGUCAGCAGCUAUCUUCCAGUCAAUCAACUGCUAGCAGUGAGAUUUCUAGUCAAGGGUCUACUAGUGGAGAUACAUCUACAAUUUCUUCAGUGCAGUCCAUGUCUUCAACACCUACUUCCACAGGAAAUGUUGUUGGUUCACUGACAACUGUAACAAAGUUGCCGACUUCAGAUACACCACAAGUAACAACUUUGUUCUCAUCAAGUACAUUUCCAUUAUCAGUAACAACUCUGGCUUCUUCCUUCAUAUCAUCAGCAUCAGUCACUGGAAGUAACACUAUUGUGGAUUCCCUAUCAUCCAUGGUGUCAGAAUCCUCAUCAUCAAUAUUGCCACAGAGCUCCCUCCCAACAGAAAUAUCUUCAGCACCAGUGUCUGGAGUCUCAGCUCUAACUUCACAAACACCCAGCCAGCCCUCUUCAUCAGAAUUUACAGCUUCAUCAACAACCACUGUAACUGCAAGUUCCAAUCCAGUGUCACAAACCCUAGUAUCAUCACAGGAAUCCUUACCUUUGUCUUCAACUGUUUCAUCUACAGCUGCAUUACUAACAAGCAUUCAAAGUUCAGAUGUGUUGCUACCAUCCUCUGUGACAACAUCUUCAGUAUUAUCAAGUUCUCAAGGAAUCACCAUAUCUUCCAUAUCUGAUUCAGUGACUGCAUCAUCAAAAUUCAGUGACACAAGUGUGAAUCCUGCAUCUGUGAUUUCAUCGCCAACUCUAACAACCUUAGAAAGUGUGAAUACCAUGAUAAGCAGUACAGACAGUUUAGGUUUCUUAUCCUCAUCCAUCAAUAAAACUCCAGCAUCAUCAACAUCACCUAUAAUAACAUUAACAAGUUCAAACAGUUUACAUUCAUCUAACAUUAUUAACAGUAUUUCUAGUGAUUUGGGUGCUGUGUCAACAUCAAUUCAGUUAGUUACUAGUUUGAGUGAAUCGAUUAGUGCUAGUAGGAGUGAUGUGAUUAACUCAACACCAAGUUUAUCCUCAGUAGGUUCUGCUAGUGAGUCAGUGGAAGUAGUUUCAUCCUUUGAAAGCUCAUCAAUUCAGCCUUCCAUAGAAAGUACCAAAGUAACUGAGAUAACAUCUACAUUGCUAAGCUCCUUUUCCACAACUGGAUCUCCCACAACUACAAUGCAGACAGCACAAAAUUCCUCAACUGGUGGACUGUCAACACCAUCAAGUGAUAUUUUGCUAACAUCAGCAGUAUUUACAACAAGAAUAGACAGCAGUGUAUUGUCUUCUGUAGGUAAUUCUGAAUCUUUAUCACUCAUUUCAGCCUCUUCAGAUGCAGAAGUGUUGACAUCUUCAACAAUGGUUAUUUCAACAACACAAUUGAGCUCUGAAAGCCUUUCAAGCACCAUUGGUCCUACAGAGAAUACAACUGAAACACCAUCUUCUACAGCAGCGUUUUCCACCAUACAAGUGAGCUCUGGAAUUCCUUCAGGUACUAUUGCUUCUACUGGGAAUUUGGCAUCAACAGUGAUCUUUUCUACUACACAAUUAAGCUCAGAAGCCUUUUCAAGUAUUGAAAGUUCUAUACAAAAUUUAUCUCCAACAGCUGUAUUUUCCACUUCACAAAUGAUCUUAGGAAAUCUUUCCAGUGCUGUUGGUUCCACAGAAAUUGUAAAUUCAACAGUAUCUUCAUCUGCUCUGAAGAUGAGCUCCAGUGUUUUAGAAAGUGCCAUCAGUGCUACAGAGAUGCUAACAACAUAUUUACUUACAUCUCAGAUAAAUUCUGAUAUCCAUAUCCAGUCAAGUUUGACAGGAAAUUUUACAUCAGCUCCAUCCUUAUCAGAGUCAAUGGCCAGUGCAGUGGUAACAACACAAAGCCCAACUUCAUUUGAAAGUUCAGAGCUGACAACACCACAGACAACAAGCAGUUUUGUAGCCACAUCUACUGACAGUUCUUUGGUAACAACUCCUCUGGUCAACACAACUAUUGAAACAAUCCAGAUCACUGUGACACCUUCCAGUGAAUUCCCCACUGCAGCCAACAAUGUAACAACAAUAGAACUGUCUUCUGCACCUUCAACUUUGAUACCAAAUACUUCUGUUAUUCCUUUUACAACAAGCAGCCUAGGAACCACUGAGCUGAUCCCACCAAUGAUGUCAAACUAUUCAACACCUGUGCUUUCUACCAUUUCAUCUGAACCAAUUCUUGCAACUGUAUCGCAAACAUUUGAGCCAGUUAAUGUGACUGUGGUAGAACAAACAACUCAGCAGACAACCAUGGAUAUGUCUUCCUUCCCAACUGUUCUCCAGACAGAAUCAAUGGGAACUGGAAUUUUGGAAAGUUCUUCAAUAUGGUCUAACUUCUCAAAAACAGAAAUAGCCACUUCAUCUUCAGUGAUGUUUCCUACAGGAAAUCUGUCAGAAACAACCAUUUCACCAACAUCACUUAUCAUGAGUAGUGCAUUAACAGCUAGUUUGCUAGGAAUGUCUUCUUUGUAUGCAUCAACAGAUUUAGGAAAUGGAUCCACAGUGCUAAUGUCCAGUACAGCCUCAUCAAUGGUUGAAAACUCAUUUUCUCUAUCUUUAUCAGAAAAUGCAAGCAUUGGGGUUGUUUCAACUUCAUUCACAUUGAGCAGUGGACAACCAACAGUGAUGCAUUCUUUAAAUGGAUCCUUACAGACUUCAGUGGAAAUAGAAACUUCCAGCCCAAGUAUUGAGGUUUCAAGUGAGUUCUUUAUGUCAACAUUUUCGUUGCCAGAAGUUAACACAUCAUCAACUGCAGUAUUGAGCAACUAUACACCACAAGUUACAGGUGGACUGUUCACAACCACUAUAGCACCACAUCUUUCAAGUUCUUAUUCCACAAUUGAUAUAUCAAAUUCAAGCACUCUGCAUCUUAUAGUGUCAACUAUAUCAACAGAACUAAUAAACAGUAGCAUGUAUAGUCCAACAACUACUAAUAUAGAGACAGUUACUCCCAGUAUUCCGAGCUCCUUGGCAACUAGUCCAGUGAUAACCAGCAUGAUCAAUGCAUCCAUUCUGAGUAGUGAUAGCAUGUCCACAACACUGAGUAUAUCUGAAGUACUAACAAACUCUACAAUAGCUGUACCAACAUCAAGUAGUCAAGUGUCAUCAGUGGGUAUGAGUGAAACACUAUCUAGCAUGGGAAUUGUGAGCACAUUUAACACAGAUAUGGUAUCAGAGAGUUUAUCUAGCACAAAUAUGGUGCAAGAGAGCACAUCUAGCACAAAUAUGGUGUCUGAGAGCACGGUUGGAGUGUCACCAAAUAUAUCUAGCUCGGUUGUAGAUCAGUCUUCACCACUGGUUCCAGAUUUGUCUUCACUCUAUUCAACAUACAGUUCACCACAACACACAAUGGUCAGCUCUCAAACUUCAAGUUUCUUUUCUUCAGUGUCAUCAACUUUUGAAGCAGUGACAACAGAUGUUCAAAGCAUGACCUCUGUUGCUUCCUCAGCUAUUCCCAACACCACCAAAGUAGUUUCUUCAUCUCUUCAAAGUUCUUCCCAGACUGCAUCAGCAACUCUUCAGAGCACCUUGACAACUGUUCCAGACACCUUUCUGACUUCAUUAUUUUCUUCAACUCCUUUGGUAACGGUAACACCAGUUAGUUCAGUAGAAGUAACAUCCAGUACUAUCCAGGCAGCAGUGUCAACUGUAUCAACUCCACAAACAUCUUCUAUGAUAACAGCCUCUUCAGUAGAUGUGCAAAAUUCCAGCCAGGCAGCAGUUUCAAUUUCAACAACAACACAAGUAUCUCUUUCAACAACAGUAUCUGCAACUCCUGACAUAAGUCCAACUCCAUCUUCUCCAAGUGUAACAAGCCUUGUAUCAUCAACAAGACAAAUAUCAAGUACCCCUACAUCAAACCAAAGUGUAUUACCAUCAACAAGCCAAAUACCAGACACAUCUAGUUACCAGACCAGUAAAUCAGAGGAUUCAACUCCAAUGACAUCUCAGGUGGUAUCAAGUGUCAGCAGUGCAGUGCCAACAACAGAUUUGAUCUCUACAGUUUCAGCAAUAACAUCUGCUCUUAUCUCAAGCUCUUCAGAGAUGCAGAUGACUGUGACACCUUCAGAUAUUCCAUCGUCAACUGUAAUGGAGUCUUCAUCAGUGGUUACAGAUAAUACAACAGAGGCUUCAACUACAACUGAAGUUCCCUCUACCACCACAACAACAGUAGCAACGACACCAACAACACCAAGACCAACGACAACAGUUAAUGCCAUUUCCCUCUGGGUUGUUACAGUCUUGAAGAUCCCUUUGAAUGAGGAUAUUACCAACAAAACUUUUAUCUUGUCCAUGGAGGUUAAAAUUGCAACCGCCUAUGUGAAAGCUUUUGAGAGACAGAAGCAGAUAGCAGAGGGGAAUUAUCAACCUCUUCGUAGGAGGCGGGCAGCACAGGUCCAAGACACUGUUGUAGAAAUUGCUAAUGCUACCAGGACAUCAGGUACAGGAAAUGUGACCUUUGUUUACACAAUCACCAAGAAUGGAACCCAGGUUCGCUCAGAAGAAGCUGUCAGAACACUAGGAUUGCUUAGUGACCAGGAAAUGGCUCUCACUCUGGGUUAUGUUGUGGCAGAAAAAGCAAGCACUUACUAUGGGAGGAACACUGGGGGUGCUGCUACGGAGGAGAGCAAUAAUCUGUGGGUGGUGGCUGUGGCUGUCAGUGCAGUUGUACUUGUCAUCAUAAUCAUCUGGGUGAUUUUCUGCUUUAUCAUCAAAAAGAGAGGUCCAGAGAGUUUAAAAGAGGGAGAGCCAGCCCAACUCCUUAAAAUGAAAGGUGGAACGAAGGAUGAUGAGUCAGUAGAAAUGGUUCAGUCACCUAGCACCUCCACACAGAAUGUGAAAAAGAGGCAAUCUUAUGAGGUCACCAAGGAUGAAGAUAUGGAGGACCCAAUGUAUGCCACUGUUAAAAAGCCAGGUAAAAAGCCAGCGAGAGAGGACUCUACAGCUGGUGAGUCGGCUACCUUGGCAUCAGAUGACACUGGGCUGAUACCAUCACCAAGUAAGAAGGGCAAGCGGAAGAAGAAGAGGAAACCCCCUACAGAGGAUUUUGAUAAUAUAGAGAGGGAAACUCACUUAGGGUCCUCAGCCCCACCUGAGCCAUCCAGAGAAUACAAACCAAUGUCUUUGGAGGAUGAAACAGAAUACCAAAGGAAGGUAGCAGAAGAGAGAAGGAAAAAUAAGAAAAGAUUGAGAGAAAAAAGAAGGAGAGAGGGACAGAAAAAAGAAGACACUGAAAACAUGAUGAAGGAGUACCUGGCUGUACAGGAGGAGUUGGACAGUGUGUUAGAUGCCCCACCUCCUGAGGGGGAGGUGCCAGAGGUCUUCAGAACCUCAUCUAAAGGUUCCAAGAAGAGAAGAAGGAGAAAGGGAGAAGGGGAAAAGAAUGAAGGUUUUGAAGCUGAGAACCUCUCAGAUGCUAAAAAGAGGAUGCACAAACUGUUGGAUGAUGCAUUUUCUCUUAUUUCUCCUCAACUGGAUGAAUCAUCUUCAGAAAAUUCUGAAGAAAAAUUAAGUUUGCCUGGUGAUAGAAGAGUUUUGUCACCCAAACAAAGUACUAUAUCUCAAAGCGAGGGCCCCUCCCCUUCUACUAGCCCUAGGAGUAAAUCCCCUGUAUCUCUAUUCAAAGACAGAAAUAAGGUUUUUCCAGAGGAGGAGACAACUUCACUCAAUGGAAAAAACCAAGAGGAGGAGAAGCCAGAGAAGAAGCAUGAACCUAUGAUAGUAAAUCCCAGUUACCAUGGUUCCCGGCGGGAGGGGCUAACUACCUGGAGUCCGUACAGGGCAGCGGAUGAGGUGACCUUGAUCUCCAUGCCAAAAACUGUGGUUCCUGAGGACGAGAUUGAGAGGAAGGGUCAUCACUCAAAGCGACCCGCUGUAAAUCUCCCAGAACCUGUGCCAAAUACCUCCUACACUACAGAGCCCCCCAAACCAAUCAUUCUGAGGACUCUCGGCAAACCCUCAUCAAAACAGCAUAAUGGUUUGGGUUCUACUGAAGAACCGGCCACAGAUAAACUGAAAUCCAGUUAUGCUAGUCAAAGUGGGUCGGGUCGGGUCAAGUCUGCCAAUGGCGACCUGACCCGUAAACCACCAAUCCAGCAUCAAAAACCCUUUAAACACACCCCAGAAGGGGAAGAUAUGACUGAUGUUGUAUCAAAAGAAAUUCAUCCUGGGGAAACCCCAGAAAAUACAAUUACCGCUGUGAGGAAUGAACUCCAGAAUAUUGUUCACCCUACUGUUGUGACUGUGAAAUCAGGUGGAUGGACUGGAAAUUCCUCAGGGGGAAUGGCAGAUAUAGCAUGAUAGGUGGUUUUAGCGAGUCUCAUGGGAGUUUGCCAAGUAUUCAGUAUAGAAAGAAAUAUUGAUGUUUUUGUCCCCCAGUUACCGAUCAAAGGGACAUAACUGUGAUUUGUCAUCAAAUUGGAGGCAUCCUUAGAUUUUUAUACUUGAUAAGUAAAUAAAUGUGAUAAGAUGUCCAAUGUAUUUGGUUGGGAUAGAAAUAUUUUUAUUGAAGGUUUACUCUUGAAGUAUUUUAGAUACCAAGAGGAACUGCUGGUGAAUUAUAAGAUAGGGCUAUAAAUAUUUUUGCAAGUUUCUUUUUGAAAAAUCGUGCAUUUAUAUUUUUACAAAAAUUUGCAUAGUUGAGCAAUAUAUACUUGUGUAUUUGAUCUACUUAAGAACUCAUUUUUAGAUCUGUUGAAUGGGUCCCUCAUUAUAUUUUGAUAAUUAUAACAAAACUGCAUUUAUUUAGUUUAUUUUGAUGGUUAUGGUAGGUUUAUACAUUUUAUUUGGUUGUAGUUUAAUUAAAAAUUCAUCAUAUACUUGUAGACUGAUAUUAAUGUUUAUUUUUAAUCAAUUUAGUUAAUUAUAUGUGUUCUUAUACAAAACAAUGAACAAUUCUCUGGAAUUAGUUAAGCAUGUCACAAGUCGUGGUAUUUAAGCCUACAAGUACACUGUACUUUUACAUUUUUCAAAUGUUAAUUUUCACAUCUUUUCUUUGUUUAUACUGAAAGAUUGGAUGUACAGUUAUUCCCAUUUUGAAAUGUGAUUUCUUUCUAUUCUAUGAUUUAUGAAAGAUCUCCAUUUUGAAGUACAGUGUAAUGUUUUGCAAGAGUGUUUUUUUAUUGUUUAAAGCAUUCCACAAAUCUUGUUUUUUUUUUAAAUAAAAUUUAUGUUUCCCUAGAUAAUAAUCUCUCAGUAAAAACUCAAAAGUUGAAAAGUCUAAUAUAUAUUCAUUGUCAUCUGUAUUAUUGUUAGCAUUGGAGACCUACGUUGCUCUUGCUUUUCUUUCCUCAAGAGGUACAAGUAAUAGAAGCAAGAAUGACUGUGGUCAACUGAAAGAUUGGUCUGUUAUAAAACAGAUUCUUAUUAUUCUUCAAGAACUGAAAUUCUUUUUUUUUUUGUUAGACAUUCCCCAUUCUUACAAAAGGCAGUAUCCACAUUCCUCUUCCAACUAUUAUUCUUGUUCCCGGUAAAUGGGUUGUGACUUAUAGUGCUGAGCUUAUGUGAUAUUUAUAUAUGUUUUGUCAUUGCACUUGAACAAAUGUUUUCUACUUAAUAAAUGAUCUGUUAUUUAUGAUCUUAAUAAAUUAUUGACCAUUGUG